GAACCCUAUCAGCCAUUUAGCCUGUCUGUCUGCGGGCCGUGUCUCUGAGUGGGUCUUGUUUGAGGGGCUUCAACCAUAACCUGGACCCCUGCCCUGGGAAUACCACAUCCAGUCAUGUACUACCUGGGAUUAAUUUUACCAUCUUCAUCCGGGCUCGAGAACUGAGUCCAGAAUGUCGGUGUUUCCCGCUGCCUAGCCGCGUUCUCCGGGAUGUGACCGUGUGAUGGCUGCGGUCCAGUGAGCCGCCGCAAGCACGCUGACUGGCUCUCUCUCUGCAACCGACAGAUACGCGCGUUAUUCCGGGAGCUUUAACUGUUUCCGUGGUUCUUCAACCGGGAUUAUCGGAACCUAUGGAGUGUACAUGAGCGUGGGUCGGAUCGGGACUUAUAACGGGAGCAGUUCCUAAACAUUGUUCUUCUCAAUCGGACCUGGAACCCAGUGGAAGUGGAUCUAUGACUGAAGCUCUCCUCCUGUGUGCAGGAGACCAUGUGGGGAGCCGGGAGGAGGCGCGGGGCCCGGCCCUGAGGAGGUUUCCUGCGGCUGGGAGGAGCACGGCCCCCCCCUGGCCCUCCUGCAACGCUCUGGGACGCUCCUACUAAGAUGUCCCUCAGCAGCGACCCUGCAGGCGGGAAAGGUGUGGACUCCAACGCAGUGGAGGCGUACGACAGCGGCGACGAGUGGGACAUCGGCGUGGGCAACCUCAUCAUCGACCUGGACGCCGACCUGGAGAAGGACAAGCUGGAGAUGUCCAGUGGCAAGGAGGGAGGGGGGGGCAUGGCGGCCCCUUCCAGCGCCGUGGCCGCUUUAGCUGACAACAUGAAGUUCGUCAGCCCGGUCGGCGCCGCGCAGCCGAAGGAGAGCAAAACCAAAUCCAAGCGCAGUAAGAACUCCAAGGAGAGCGCCAAGGCCCCAGAAGGAGCCAAGAAAGAGAUUCGUGGCCGGGCCCCCGGGGACCCACCUAGCCAGAACCCCAACCUUCCAACCCCCACUAAGGGGGCCGACAAGUCCAGCAAACCCCCCCGUGCCCUCCCCGUGGUAAAAAAGGACAAAGACGGGGUUUCUGGGAAAGCUAAGAAGGAGAAGAUGGAGGCGGGGCCUGCAGGAGCCAUCGGCCCCGAGAAGGAGUCGGUGGCCCCCAUCCUCCCGGCGGGGGCCCCUCGCAUCGCCCCCUUUGAGGGCCAACAAAAACAGGAGUCGGCCGUAGCCGAGCAGCUUGGCGACAUGGCGCUGGACGCGGUUGGCCAGCCCAUUGCCAUGACGAUGGAGGAGCCAGACAGCGGCGACUGCCGGAAUCUCAAAAAAGCGGCUGGCGUGAAGAUGGAGUCUCCCGUCUCCACCCCUGCUCCUCCACCUCUUCACCUCCUCGCUGGCGUCCCCGUCGGCGACAUCUCGUCUCCGUGCGAGCAGAUCAUGGUUCGCACGCGCUCGGUGGCGGUGAACACGGCGGACGCGGCGCUGGCGACGGAGCCGGAGUGCCUGGGACCCUGUGAGCCAGGCACCAGCGUCAACCUGGAGGGCAUCGUGUGGCAGGAGACAGAGGACGGGAUGCUGGUUGUUAACGUCACCUGGAGGAACAAAACCUACGUGGGAACCCUGCUGGACUGCACCCGGCACGACUGGGCCCCCCCCAGGUUCUGCGAGUCUCCGUCCAGCGACGUGGAGAUGCGUAGCGGGCGCGGCCGGGGGAAGAGGAUGCGGCCCGCCAGCAACACGCCGCUCAACGACAACAGCAACUCCUCCGACAACCGGGGCAGCGGCGGCGCGGGCAAGACGCGCGGCGCCGCCGCCGCUAACAGCAAAGGACGAAGAGGCAGCCAGACGGCGGGCGCCGCCGAGGACGCCAAGGCCAGCCCCCCCUCCGCCAAGAGGAAGACCAAGCCCGCCUCCGACAUGGAGCCCACCUCCAGCUCCGAGGACACCAAGGCCUCCAAGCACAUGAGGACCACCUCCAGCGGGGGGGCGUGUGACCCGCUGGCGCCCGCCACGCAACCGGAGCGGGGCUGCCCCUCCCCCGUGCUCAUCGACUGCCCCCACCCCAGCUGCAACAAGAAGUACAAGCACAUCAACGGCCUCAAGUACCACCAGGCCCGGGCCCACAACGACCACGACGUCCGGCUGGACCAGGACGGGGACAGCGAGUACGGCGACGACUCCGCCCCCCCGCACCCGGACCCCGCCUCCUGUAACGGCGCCGCCAUCUCCCCCGCCCGCUGCGCCACCCCUAAGGGCCGGGGUUUUGACGCUCCGUCGCCUUCGCCGGGGAAGACCACGUCCAGGCCGAAGAAGAAGGAGGCGGAGCCCGACGGGGCGGAAGGCGGCGAGGAAGCGGCGUGUUUGACGGACGAGGCCAGCAACGACGGGAUGGACGACCGCAAGUCGAAGAAGAGCCGAUCUGACAAACUGAGCCAGAAGGGCACCAAGCAGGGCCGGCCCAGCACCCCCUCGCCCUACGCCCCCCAGGCCUCCUCCCCCGCCAUGGGCUCCGUGGUACAGCCCGUCCCCAAGAGCCCCCAGCUGAAGGGCGUCCAGUCCAAACCCCCGCCUGGGGGGGACCCCGCCUCCAGCCCCACCCUCGCCAAGGACAAGAAGAAGAAGAGGAAGAGGGAGGGAGGGAAGGAAGGGGACAGCCCCAAUGGUAAGGGGGGGAGGGCGGAGGAGGGGCGGAGCCCGUACUCGGACAUGUGCGACCCGUUGCUCAACGGCUCCACGGAAGCCCACCAGAGCCGGCUGGCCAGCAUCAAGGCCGAGGCCGACAAGGUGUACAGCUUCUCUGACAACGCGCCCAGCCCGUCCAUCGGCGCCGCCGGCCGCAUGGAGGCGGGCCUCGGGCCCCAACCCAACCAGAACGGCGAAACCGGCAGCCCCGCCUACUCGGACAUCUCAGACGCCGGGGAGGACGGCGAGGCCAGAGGAGAGGGGGUGAAGGUCAAAUCCGAGCCCGACCUGGGCCCCCGCGAGGGGGCCAAGAAGGCCCUGUUCCCCCCCCAGGCUCCCAGCAAGGAGUCACCGUACUACCCCAACUACGACUCCUACUACUCCCCCAGCUACCCCAACCCCAGCCCGGGAGCGCCGCCAGCGCCGCCGCCCCACGUGGAGGGAGCUCAGGUGAAGGUGAAGAAGGAGGAGGAGGAGCCUGAGGAGGAGGUGGUCAAACUGAAGGUGGAGCCUCCGGAGGAGAGGAAAGUGGAGGCGGGGCCUCAACAGCCGUCAGUCAUCCAGCAGCGCUCCAACAUGUACGCCCAGCCUCUCUACUACAACCAGUACUUCGUCCCCCCAUACCCCUACUCCCCCGACCAGGCCUACCACGCCCACCUGCUGGCCUCGAGCCCCGCCUACCGCCAGCAGUGUGACGACCGCCAGCGCCUCGCUGACAAGAAGGCGGACAGCAAAGAGCGGGAAGCCUGUGGCAAGGAGGAGUGGAAGCAGAAGGCCUCGGUGCCCCCCAACCUGUCCAGGGCCCCCAGCCUCACCGACCUAGGCGCCGCGGGGGGAAACAACCCAGCCAAGCCCAAAGAGGCCCCGCCCACCGCCGAGCAUUCCAAGUCUGUCAUCAUGGCGAAGGCAGAGGAGCUGAAGGCACCCGCCGCGCAGCCCGAGGGUUUAAAGAUGAAGCUGAGCGAAGCAGGGCAUCAUGGGAAGGAAGAGGCCAGGCCGGCAGGUGUAGAGCCCGCCAUGUGGUACAGACAGGAGCCGGACUCGCGCCUCUGGCCCUACGUUUACCCCAACAAGUACUCUGACGCCCCCAAGCCGCCGGAGGAGGAGCAGCGGUGGAAGGAGGAGCGCGACAGGAAGAGCAAGGAGGAGAGGAAGGAGGGGGCGGGGGAGGGCAGGACUCAGCUGCCCCCGGAGGAGCACCGGGCGGGGGGGAAGGAGGCGCGUCAGCCCCCCCACCCGCACGCCCACCCCCACCCGCACAUGCAGUUCUCCUCCCCCUUGGCUCAGCACCACCAGGGCUACGUGCCCUACAUGCACGGCCCCUACGCCUACGGCUACGAGCCGGGCCCCCCAGGCUACCGCGGCGUGCCCUCCGUCAUGAUGCAGAACUACCCCGGCUCCUACCUGCCGCCGGGCUACUCCUUCCCCUCGUACGGGGCCAAGGAGGAGGUGGAGAAGCCCUCCCGCUCCAGCCCCACGGUGAAGCCCCCCGGAGAGGCCAAAGCUCUGGAGCUGCUGCAGCAGCACGCCAGCCAGUACAAGAGCAAGUCCCCCUCCACGCAGGACGCCAAGCCCCCCCACGAGCGGGAGAGGGAGGGGCCCAAGUCGUCCCCCUCACAGCGCAUGCUGCCCUCGCACCAUCACCUGAGCUACCCACUGCUGGCGGGGCAGUACGACCUGUCCUACGCCUCAGGCCUCUCCUCCUCAGCCAUCGUUGCAAGUCAACAAGCAUCGGCUCCGUCCAUGUACCCCCCCUCGCGGAGGUGAGACAGGCACACGUGAUUGGCCGACAUCAAUCCUUUCCAGAGUCAUGUGACCAGAUCACGUGAGGAAGAGCGCUUCUGUUUGGACAUCAGUUCAAUGGUGUUUGUGUACGUUUGAUUUCUGAGCCUGGACGUCCGGCUGUCUGCCCCCCCCCACAACACACACACACACACACACACGCCCUCCUGCUGGACUCGGGACAUCAGGAUGGAGUUCUGCUGGAUCCUCACAGCUCCCCGGUGCUCGGGUGGAGUUGGGGAGGGUGGAGGUCUGCUUUUGCAGAAUCAUUCAGAGGAGGAGGGGGGGUCACCGUCACUUCCUGUCUGGAUUAGCAGUCAAGGGGCUUGUUUUCGCUUCACAUUGCUACAACCCCCCCCCCCCCCCCCCAGACUUUACCCUUUGACCUCUGGACUUGACACCUUCUCCUGGAAGUGUCUCAGCUUCACACGGAGGACGGAACAAUCAGAGGUGUGUGUGUGUGUGUGUGUGUGUGUGUGUGUGUGUGUGUGUGUGUGUGUGUGUGUGUGUGUGUGUGUGUGUGUGUGUGUGUGUGUGUGUGUGUGUGUGUGUGUGUGUGUGUGUGUGUGUGUGUGUGUGUGUGUGUGUGUGUGUGUGUAAAUACUGUACAGAGGAAUUAUUUUAAAGAGCCUGUUGGAUUUCCUACUCUUCUUUUGUCUGGUAGCCUCUGCCUCUGUUUUUUUCUACUGUUGUUGAUCUGAUAUUAAACCUGUAGCUGGUGAACGGC